AAUUCCAGGCUGCGCUAUGCUGUUAAAAUCGACCAAUUGAGUUUGGGAAAAAAAAUAAGAUUUCUCUCUCUCUCUCUCUGUCUUUCUCUCCCCCUCCAUCCCUCGGUUUGGGGAGAGAGGGAGGGGAAAGUUGGACAAGAGUUUGAGCUUGCUAAAUCAGGCGUGAUGUGGAACACUGGAGAGCAGCUAUAGUUUACAGAGAGGGAGAGAGAAGGGGAGUCUGUGAGAAAGAGAGUACUUUGACAAUUUGCAUCUGGCGUUAAAAAAAAACCCGCGGCAAAUUUCUGUGAGUUACAAUUGCGAGGAUUCCAGGACAAAGGGGAGGGAGGGUGGAUUGUAACUUCAGUUCUCCUGCCGGUUUUCAGUAUUCUCCUCGGAGACAAGGCUGGAUGAAGUUUUCUUGUUUGGUUCCUCGAGUAGAUUUUUGACUUUCUUGUUGUGGGAAAGCGGUGGUGAGUGUAAAUUUGUCUGGGAGAGUGGAGGAAGUGGGUGGGAGAUCACUAACACCCGCUGUUAUGCAACUGAGAGGGGGCUUUGGGAAAAAGCAGAGCGGGGAGCCGGCUUCAGGAUGCAACCGAUCCGGUCGCUUUGAGCCAGGGAGUUACGGAUGGUGUUGAAGAAUGCUCGAGGCCGCCAGGGUCAGUUGGUACUCUCUGGCGAUCUUGGCUUGCCUGAGCUCGGUGAGCGGGGCCGAGUCGGUGUGCUGGCAAGCGGUGCUCCGUUGUCAGGAGGAGAAAGAGUGUAAGUGGGCGUACAGUCAGUACAGCGCGGCUUGCGAGCCCUUCCUCAAGGGCUUGAGGCGCCAGUGUCCCAGUCACUGCAUCGGCGCCCUGGUCAAACUCAAUCAGACCCAGAACGGCCCCGACCUGGAGAACUGCGACUGCGACCAGGAUGUGCAGUGCAGGCGGGCCAAGCGGGCCAUCGAGCCGUGCAUGCCCAGGCGGUACCGGGGCCAGUCGCCGGACGCGGCCGACCUCGGGUGCACGGCCGCCCGUCAGCGCUGCGAGAAGGAGUCGGUGUGCCACGGUGCCAUGAAGGAGUACCUGUCCAGCUGCGGGCAGCUCUUCAACGGCAAGCGCUGCACCGCCGUCUGCAAGAGCACCAUCCAGCACUUGCUGUCCAUUCCCAGUGGGAUCUUGCUGAACACAUGCGUCUGCGAUGGCGUGGAGAGACCCUUCUGCGAGGUGGUGAAAGAGAACAUGGACAAGUUCUGCUCCAUCGAAGGCCCCUCGCUGUCUACGGCCACCCCGGACUCGGAAGAGAACUAUGAAUACGACGAUUAUGAAAUGAACAAAACUGAUUUAAGGCCAGAAACUAUAGACGGAAAGGACUCGCCACUGAAUGACUCCUCAGGACUGGAGACACACACGUGGUGUGCUCUCCUCCUCCUCCUCCUGAACUUGUGGUUUCUCUAAUACUUUGUGCAAACAGUUAUUUGCAGGUUUGUGUUUUUUUUGUUCAAGUUUUUAAUUAUUUGUAAACUCCGCGUGUAUCAGGCACUGUGCGCCUCUAGUGUUUACAAAACACUUGACUCAAGUUGGGCACAUCAUGUGCGGAUCAAAUUAACUUGGGUUAUACACGGUUUGGAGAUGCCGGAGUUGGACUAGGGUGUACAAAGUUUAAAAAAAUCACACAACACCAGGUCAUAGUCCAACAGGUUUGAUUGGAAGUUCCGAAAGCUAGUGUUUCCAAUUAAACCUGUUGGACUAUAACCUGGUGUUGUGUGAUUUUUAACUGGGUUAUAUACGCUCUUCCUCCACCUCCGCAAAUCGAGUUUUACAAAGAUUUAAAUUUUUUUGGAAAAAUUUCACACAUAUAAAGCGGGGUAUUUUAAAGUUACUCAUCGAAACUUCCUUGGGACCUGACUCGAUUUAAAAUUAAUAAAACAGAAGGAAAGGCGUGUACAAAUGUUUCUUUUCGAUAGUUCAGUUGAACUUUAACACAAUAGAUGGCGAACACUUGAGCCGCUCGAUAUUUCGAUUUGCAACUUUUCGAAAACUUUUGUAUAAACGAUGGAGAUUUUU